AUGGCCUCCUUCAGCAAUGUGAAGCAGCUCUUCGACAUUCAAGGUCGAAACUACAUCGUAACCGGCGGCGCUCAGGGCAUUGGAUUUGCCAUUGUUCAUGCGCUUGCUCAGGUCGGGGCCAACGUGGUCGCAUUGGACAUCCAAACUAAGCCCAAUGCAGACUUCGACUCGGUCGCGAAACAAUUUGGCGUCAACAUCCGUUACGUCCAAGCGGACGUCACGGACGAGAAAGGCCUUGGAGCUGCCUUCCAAACCGCCUUCGGCAUCUUGGGUACGGUUCACGGGCUAGUCACAUGCGCUGGAAUUGCGCUGGAGAAGGCUUUCGAGCAGACCUCGUGGGCCGAAUGCCGGAGGAUCCAGGAUGUCAAUGUGACCGGCACAUAUUUCUCUGCGCAGCUAGUAGCAGAGCAGUUCAAGAAACAGGGUACCGGCGGCAGUAUUGUCCUGAUCGCUUCCAUCACGUCACACACUGUCCUCCCUCAGCAUCGCAUGUCUGCAUAUGGUGCCUCGAAGGGAGCAGUGCGCAUGCUGUCUCAAGCUCUUGCAGUUGAGCUUGCAGGCAAUGGCAUUAGGGUCAACUCUAUAUCUCCUGGGUUCAUUGACACGGAAAUGACACAGGAGGUCCGCAACAAGAAUCCGGUUAUGGUAGACAUCAUGAACAAGACUCCGCCCUUGAAGCGGAUAGGCACCAGGGACGAUCUGAUGGGCGCUGCCGUAUAUCUCCUCAGUGAUGCGUCCAGUUACACCACUGCCGGAGACAUUGCAAUCACCGGUGGUCUCCACGUGCAGAUGGCACUUGAUUGCCAGCUAGCUUUUUAG